AUGCAGCAGUCAUCUCGAAGCCAACACCCUGUGGGGUCACUGCUGCUGCUCUCCCGGUUUUCCCACACAGUCACAACUGUCAACUCCCACGCUCAGCUGGUUUGGACUCACAUCAAUGGAGACGGAGAUCUGUUCUGUGAAAUGACAAAAGUUGUUGGAAGUGAACUGUCUCAGCCAAGUCUAAUCCUCAAGGUCAUCCAUGAUGGCAAAACUCUGGAACAACUUGACCUUGGAAUGCAUGUUGAUGUUUUUGAAAAAGAACCCCGGUCAAGCCAGAAUAAUACGGAUUCGAAGCCAAACUUUGCGGUUAUGGUCAAACUGCCCUGCAUCGCGAUCAAGUAUCUACAGGAUAACACUCAUCUUCGACGAUUCCAGGUCAAGUUCACCCAAGACUGCGAUUACUACACGGCUUUAUCCAUGAUCAGCAGUAUCGAUUGUCCUAUGGCAGAUGGUACUUUGCCUUCCUCGCGCGGACCAACCACGGCCCAGAUACUAAAUAACCCUCCUCGAGGAAUGGGCCCGAUGAUUACACCGGAGAGCAAUGCGCCGGGACCAUUCACUCAUAUGGCCCGAACCGCAUCCGGUUUGGAGACAUUGGCCUCCAAUGCCCCGUCUACCUCCUCAACCAAGAUUUAUCAACCCGUCUCCGGUGCAUCUGGCGCCUUACAGGAUUCAAUCACGAUGCAAAGCCAAAGCGCAAGCAAUGAGACCACAUUCCGACGCGGCCCUCUUGGCAUCAAUCCCCAGCCAGGCCCAGCAACGUCCCAACGAGUUCUCUCACGUCAGUCCACUGGACCAAUUUACCACGACAAGGAACUCAAUCAGAUGUUGCCCCCAAAGAGGGACCUACCAUUCCUAAAGCCCAAGUCGAAGAUGUCUCGCGCCGACACAUCAAGUCUGAAAUCAAGCCAGCAAGUCAUCCCCGAGUCCUCAUAUCCGGAACCCAUCAUGAAACGGAAUGAAUCGUCGAUGUCCGAGUUGCAAUCCCAGCAACUCAUUCAGACACAGCCCUACCCAGAGACAAUGGAGCCGUCUCAGAUUUCCUCGCACAUCCAUGCUACGCUGCCCUAUCCAGGAGCCAACACUCAGACACAGCAGUCAGUCACUGAGUCCUCGUCGGCUGCGCCAAUGGGAACCUCCGUGGAAGAGCAGCUGUCGCAGUAUCUCAAGUCGCCAACUCCGGCGCGCAGUGCCUUCCUGAGUACCUGGAUGUGCGAGUUGAUCCAAGACGACGACUUCGUCACCCUUUGCGAAGAUGUAGAGGGAACAUGGCGGCGAUUCGCUUUCGGAAUGAAGCCAUGA